UAGGUGCUGUUUCCAGCCUACUCUGUCCAUUCCUGUCAACUAAGUUGUUUAAUUCACUUCGGCAUUUGGAGAAGGAAUUGCAGCUGGAAAAUAUAUAAAAGGGUUUUUGAAUUUAUAGAUCCCUCUUGUGACUUCAGAUGUAGUUGUUCAAAAUAAAUGCAGAUGUUGGACCAUGUCAGAAAUCUUGUCAAGAGUGUGGAUUGUUUCACACAGAGUGGAGAUGUGGCUUCUGAUUCUGGUGGCGUAUUUGUUCCAAAGAAAUGUGAAUUCAGGACAUAUGCCAACUAAAGCUGUGGACCCAGAAGCAUUCAUGAAUGUUAGCGAAAUCAUCCAUCAUCAAGGCUAUCCCUGUGAGGAGUAUGAAGUUGCAACUGAAGAUGGGUAUAUCCUUUCCAUUAACAGAAUUCCUCAAGGCCUAGUAUCACUGAAGAAGAAAGGUUCUAGGCCAGUGGUGCUGCUGCAGCAUGGCCUGCUUGGAGAUGCCAGCAACUGGAUUUCCAACCUACCCAACAACAGCCUGGGCUUCAUUCUGGCUGAUGCUGGUUUCGAUGUGUGGAUGGGGAACAGCAGGGGAAACACCUGGUCUCGGAAACACAAGACCCUCUCCAUAGACCAAGAUGAGUUCUGGGCUUUCAGUUAUGAUGAGAUGGCUAGGUUUGACCUUCCUGCAGUGAUAAACUUUAUUUUGCAGAAAACGGGCCAGAAAAAGAUCUAUUAUGUCGGCUAUUCACAGGGCACCACCAUGGGCUUUAUUGCAUUUUCCACGAUGCCAGAGCUGGCUCAGAAAAUCAAAAUGUAUUUUGCUUUAGCACCCAUAGCCACUGUUAAAUAUGCAAAGAGUCCUGGGACCAAAUUUUUGUUGCUGCCAGAUAUGAUGAUCAGGGGAUUGUUUGGCAAAAAAGAAUUUCUGUACCAGACCAGAUUUUUCAGACAGUUUGUUAUUUAUCUUUGUGGCCAGAUGAUUCUUGACCAAAUUUGUAGCAAUAUCAUACUACUUCUGGGAGGAUUUAAUACGAACAAUAUGAACAUGAGUCGAGCAAAUGUGUAUGUUGCCCACACUCCUGCUGGGACAUCGGUGCAAAAUAUUUUACACUGGAGCCAGGCAGUGAGUUCUGGCGAACUCCGGGCAUUUGACUGGGGUAGUGAGACCAAAAAUCUGGAGAAAGGCAAUCAGCCAACACCUAUGAGAUACAAGGUUCGAGAUAUGACAGUCCCGACAGCCAUGUGGACGGGAGGUCAGGACUGGCUUUCAAAUCCAGAAGACGUGAAGACACUGCUCUCUGAAGUGACCAACCUCAUCUACCAUAAGAAUAUUCCUGAAUGGGCUCAUGUGGAUUUCAUCUGGGGGUUGGAUGCUCCUCAUCGCAUGUACAAUGAGAUCAUACACCUGAUGAAGCAGGAGGAGACCAACCUUUCCCAGGGAACCUGCAGGGCCACAUUGUAAAGCUUCUGAUGCUCACAAGUCUUGGGGACAAUCUCUUGGGGUUAGGACCAAGAGUAGAGGACUUUAAGGGGAAUUCCUAGAAAAAGUAACUUACUAUAUAAUAGAAGGGAGGGCAGAGAUACAUUGUACAUUCCUUCAUAUUUUUGCAUUUGGCACUAAAACUGAUACUUAAUUUUUUCCAACUAAACUAAACUAACUUGGUAAAUUCAGGUUUCUGUGCUAUUAUAUUUUCUACCAUCUUGAAGAGUAGGUUCUCCCUGACAACCUGAAAGUAUCUCUAUAUUCCCUACAUCAUUCAGGGAAAGCUCCUUACAAUAUUUAUUUUUUCUGUAAGUCAUAUUUUUGAAGUAGUAAAGUAAAAUGACAAAUCUGGACAGACAUCGAGGUCACAAAUCUCUGGAUUGUUGUUAACUUUGAAAAAUAAGAUGACAUUUGCAUUUUGUUACUAUAAACAGGAUACUACCUAAGAAAGUCAGGCUGCUUUAACAAGUACAAAACCUCAAGUUAUAGUGUGAAUAAAACAUGUUAAACAUCCUCAGAAUAGGGCCAAGCUUUAUAGUUGUAUCUCAAAGAAGAUAAUUCCGUAGGAUAUUUAAUGAGUUUUCCAGUAAAUGUAAUGCUCACAUAUAGCACAUAUGUGUUUAUCAGCCCCUUGAUUCUAGUCUAUGCCUAUUUGAGAGUUUAUAGUCUGUUGCUAGGAGACCUGCUGGUCCAUUCUUCUACCUCCAGCAAUUAAAAGAGUAAGAAAAUCUUUUAAUGUCACAAGCAUAAUGAAAUAAAUUGUUAUGCAUCUUAUCAUUUGAUCAAGACAAAGUCACUGUCAGUCUCCCCAACUCAUUCCAAUGUAGAGUAGUUUGUUUAGAAAAUUGUUCAAUUUUCACACAGUUUCAAAAAGUGCUAUUUUGCAAAAUCUCCUUUGAAACCUAUCAAAGAUAUACUGUGUACAUCAAUAGUAUACUGUUGGAAGUACACUGGCGUGUGUUGAAGGCAUGUUGUUUAAAGUGUACUACUGUGUGAAAUUCAAAUUUUUUUUUUUUUUGGUCUCCAAAGUCACCUGGUAGCUCAGUUCAAUGCUAAUGGAUCUUGAAUAUUUUAUGUAAACACACUUAAAUUCUUCAGAAUCUGUGUCUACACUAUUACUUCCCUCAGGGCUUGUACAUAGUUCAAUAAAUAUUUUUGGAUUUGA